UGGAAUAAGGUCCCACACAUUGAAUGCGUUUUGCAUGGUCUCUUCUUUUAGCUGUCAUUGAACAUUGCCAUUUAUUAUUGCUUUACACCCUAUCACAGUUUAAUUGUUAAAUUUAAAGUUUAAUUAAAUUAUGGAUAAACAUACGAGUUUAAACCACCGAUGUUCUAUAAUUUAUUCAUCAUAUAAAGUAUUGAUGUUCCACCAAUUCAUAAGCUUUUAUGAUUGGUAGACUAUGUGGGUGUGUUGUAGAGUAUUUGAUUAGGGCGUAAUGAGUACGUGUUUGAAGGAAAACGUAACUUUGUGGAGGAUUUAUUGUUUUUUUACAAAGAUUCGUGCCUUGAUUUUAUUGAAGACGAUCAAAGGUAAGCUUCUCAUUAGCGAGGAGGCGUGGUGGACAAAUCUGAGUUUCUGCAUUGUUCCUCCUACUGUCUCUUCUUUUUGCAUACAUCCCUAAGGAGGAGACGUUUGGGCUUUCAUAGUGUCUAGUGUAGUUAAGGUCGAAUUGAGUGGUCGUGGUGGGGUUAUCAAAUCCCCGUUUGGUGCAAUAAGAGCAGUUUUAUCUUUCCUGGGAUUGACCAAUGUUGUUGGUGGUUUCGAUGUCCUUGAAAAAAAAUUAGUGUUGUCUAUUGUCGAAGAAGCCAGUUUUGGGGAGAUGAAGUGCUUGGUGGUGGACUCUCCCUCUAAAGUUGCUUUGUUUUGGAUGAGUAACCUCUUCUCUUGCCCAGCCUCUUUGUGGUUCAUGUUUAGGGAGAUUGAUGUCAGAUUAAACGUUUUGAAUUAUGUCCAAUUCAGUUCAUUGUCCUCAAAUUGGUCAUCACUGGUGGAUUGGCUGGCUUUCUAAGGUUUGGUUAGGUCUGAAUCGUUUAAAGCUUGGCGGUGAUUGAUAGUUACUUGCUCUUUCCUUGUUCAAGCGUGCGAUUGGUGGUAGCCCCUAGGGAUGAUGGAUUCGGACCCACCAUUCCAUGAAACCUACAAGACCCUUUACGCUGAAGAAGAAUUGUCGAAGAUCGAAACAUCUCCAAAUAACCUCGACCGUCACACUGCGGUCGAGGAACGUGAGCUUCCGUUGAUCGAUCUAAGCCAGUUAGGUCUCGAAGACGAGGUCGAGAAGGAGAGUUGCAAGGAGGAGAUAGCUAGGGCUGCAAAUGAAUGGGGUUUUUUCCAAGUGAUUAACCAUGGGAUCUCAAGGGACAUAUUGGAUAAGAUGAGGGAAGAGCAAGUGAAAGUGUUCAAGCAACCUUUUUACAACAAGUGCAGGGAAGACAAGUUCAUGAAUUUCUCCGCUGGUAGUUACCGUUGGGGAACACCAACAGCUACUUCGUUAAGGCAAUUAUCAUGGUCAGAAGCUUUCCACAUUCCCAUGACCGAUAUCUCGAGCUUUGGCGCUUUAAAUACCACUUUCAGCUCAUCGGUGGAACUGUUUGCCACAAAAGUUGCUAGUCUUGCUCAGAAGUUAGCCCAAAUUUUGGCAGAGAAAUCAGGUCAUAACUCCACUUUCUUCCACGAGAAUUCAUUGUUGAGCACUUGCUAUCUCCGACUGAACCGAUACCCACCGUGCCCCGUCCAGUUGUUCGGUCUAAUGCCGCACACAGACAGCGAUUUCCUCACCGUGUUGCACCAAGACCAAAUCGGAGGAUUGCAAUUGAUGAAAGAUGGCAAGUGGAUUGCAGUUAAGCCUAAUCCCGAAGCUUUAUUCAUCAACAUUGGAGAUUUAUUUCAGGCAUGGAGCAAUGAUCGUUAUAAAAGUGUGCAACAUUGCGUGGUGACUAAUCCAACCAAAGAAAGGUUCUCAGCUGCAUAUUUCCUUUGCCCAUCGUGUGAGACUGUGAUAGAGAGUUGCAGCAAGCCCUCGGUUUAUAGAAGGUUUAGCUUUAAAGAAUAUAGAGAACAAGUACGAGAAGAUGUUCAAAACUAUGGUCAUAAAGUAGGGCUUCCAAGGUUUCUUGUAUAAAAUAUA